CACCGGAAGAAGUUCUUUCCGUGCAUGGCCGCUCCCUGAUCCAUCUGGAGCAACACGUUGAGGAACGGUACCAGCCGGCACCAUGCAGUCAGAUGACGUUAUCUGGGAUGUGCUUGGAAACAAGCAGUUUUGUUCUUAUAAAAUGAAAACGAAGACCCAGAACUUUUGUCGAAAUGAAUACAACCUGACUGGAUUAUGCAACCGUUCUUCCUGCCCAUUAGCAAACAGCCAGUAUGCUACCAUCAAAGAAGAGAAAGGUCAGUGCUACUUGUAUAUGAAGGUGAUAGAACGAGCAGCUUUCCCUAGGCGCAUGUGGGAGCGGGUCCGACUCAGUAAGAAUUAUGAGAAAGCUUUGGAGCAAAUAGAUGAAAAUCUCAUUUAUUGGCCUCGCUUCCUUCGGCACAAAUGUAAACAGCGGUUCACCAAGAUCACCCAGUAUCUGAUUCGAAUCCGGAAACUUACUUUAAAGCGACAGAGAAAACUUGUUCCCUUGAGCAAAAAGGUGGAAAGACGUGAAAAAAGACGAGAGGAAAAAGCACUAAUAGCUGCUCAACUGGAUAAUGCAAUAGAAAAGGAAUUAUUGGAAAGGCUAAAACAAGAUACGUAUGGUGACAUCUACAACUUCCCCAUUCAUGCCUUUGACAAAGCUUUGGAACAUCAAGAAGUUGAAAGUGACUACUCAGAUACUGAAGAGAAAGAAGAGGAAGAGGAGGAAGAAGAAGAAGAUGAAGAUGACUUGAACAAAAGGGAAUUUGUGGAAGAUGAUGAGGUGGAAGAGAGCGACAUCAGUGAUUUUGAGGAUAUGGAUAAAUUAGAAGCUACCAGUGAAGAAGAUCAGGAGAAAUCCUCCAGUGAAGAAGAAGAAAAGCCUACUACUGCCAAACACAAAGGCAAAGCCCCAUUGAAAGGCCCCAUGAAGAGAAAGCGAGCCUAUGUGGAAAUAGAGUACGAGCAGGAAAUGGAGACAGCGACCAGAGCCCAGACAGCCUGAGUGUCUUUGGGCAUUUUGUAAAUAGUCAGAGACAGGAAUGAGUAUCCUCAUUUUUCUAUCUUUUAAAAGAUCCUUGCUCUCCCA